UCAUGCCGAGAUUUUCUCGUCAUGUGAACCGACUGCUCGUGACAUACUGUAUUCGCCACGGCGACGGGCUGUAACGAUGGGUGGUAACAAGCUGCUGGUGCGGUGGGAGCAGCACGAGUCGAGUGUGAUGGCGCACCUGCGGCGGCUGCUGGCGGCCGAGGCGUUCGUCGACGUCACCCUCUGCUGUCAAGGCCGCCGCCUGCGCGCGCACCGCGUGCUACUCUCCGCCUGCAGCCCCUACCUGCAGCGCAUGCUGCUAGAGCACCCAUGCGGCAUAGGCGAGCCGGUGACGGUGAUCCUGCAGGAUGUCAAUCACGAGGAUAUGCGCCGCUUGCUGGACCUCAUGUACACCGGAAGCACCGAAGUGCCUGGCUAUGACCUGCCACGCUUCCUGUGCGUCGCUCAGGCACUCGAUGUCACACUACUGCAGUCGGCUGCAAUACGGAUUUGUGAAGUCACUACCUCGCCCAGUGCACAACUCGCCACAGAACCCAUCCCGAUCACCACACCUGCCGUCCCCGUAUCGCCGCCAAAAGCUAUGGCAGACCCUUCAGGGCCACCUCCAAAUGAGCCUUCCCUGUCACACUGCCACUCGCUGCUGCUGGCCUCACAACUUCGCAACACCGACGUUGGACAACAGGCGCCAUCUACAGGUACGCCUAUGCCGUCGCCGCCGUGUUGGAUCGCUAUGCCGCCAUCAACCCCGCCGCCAACAACAGCCCACAGCCCAAUCAAAGGUGCUGAACAGCCUGUGAUUCAGCCGCAGUUCUUACAGGUUCCCCACUGCUGCCCCUCAGAGCCCGGGUCGUCGCUGCCCACUUUUACCUUCUUAAACAUGUCGCCCUCGGCUGUGAGCAAACACCGACGCAUCCAACCCUGGAUACAACAAGAUUGUUGCACAGAACAGGGUAAUGGAACUGAAAAAUGGAGAAAAUACUGAGUUGUCUUAUCAAGAUAUGGACAGUUAUAUUUGCAAUACAAAAACUGAAGAUUUCUAUGAAGACAUGAAUGUGAUGAUUGAAAAAUUAGAUACUAGUGAUUAUCCUGAAAAUAAUAUUUAUGGUAUUCCACAAGUAACAAGAAAGUUUCAGGGACACUGAAAGAUAAAUGCAAUGGAAAAUUACCAGAAGAAUUUUGUGUUUUGACAGAAAAAUGUAUGCUUAUAA